AUGGCCAACCCACCUCACGGCGGUGUCCUCAAGGACUUGCUCGCUAGAGAUGCUCCCCGACACGCUGAGCUUGCAGCUGAGGCUGAGACCUUGCCCGCUCUCGUCCUCAACGAGAGACAGCUUUGUGAUUUGGAGUUGAUCCUCAAUGGAGGCUUCAGCCCUCUGGAAGGGUUUAUGAACGAGAAGGACUAUAAUGGCGUCGUUGAGAAUGUUCGCCUUGCAGACGGAAACCUCUUCAGUAUCCCCAUCACUUUGGAUGCUUCGAAGGAAACAAUUGACAGCCUCGGUCUCCAACCCGGUUCGCGCGUUACCUUGAGAGACUUCCGAGAUGACCGCAACUUGGCCAUCCUCACCCUCGAUGAUAUCUACAGACCUGACAAGCUCAAGGAAGCCAAGGAAGUCUUUGGCGGAGAUGUCGAACACCCUGCCAUCGUCUACCUCAACAACACGGCUAAGGAAUACUACCUCGGAGGAAAGGUCGAGGCUGUCAACAAGCUGAACCACUACGACUAUGUUGGCCUUCGAUUCACCCCCGCAGAAUUGCGCCUUCAUUUCGACAAACUCGGCUGGACCAGAGUUGUCGCUUUCCAAACUAGAAACCCCAUGCACAGAGCUCACCGUGAAUUGACCGUUCGCGCUGCUCGUGCUCGACAGGCCAACGUCCUCAUCCAUCCCGUCGUUGGUUUAACCAAGCCUGGUGACAUCGACCACUUCACCCGUGUCAGAGUGUACGAGGCUCUCUUGCCCCGCUACCCCAACGGAAUGGCCGUCCUUGGCUUGCUUCCUCUUGCCAUGCGUAUGGGUGGUCCCCGUGAGGCAAUCUGGCACGCAAUCAUCCGCAAGAACCACGGUACCACACACUUUAUCGUUGGCCGUGACCAUGCCGGCCCUGGAAAGAACUCAGCAGGUGCCGAGUUUUACGGCCCAUAUGACGCCCAGCACGCUGUUGAAAAAUACAGACACGAGUUAGGCAUUGAGGUCGUUGAGUUCCAGCAACUCACGUAUCUCCCUGAUACCGACGAGUACAAGCCCAGAGAUGAAAUCCCAGCAGGUGUCAAGACCCUUGAUAUCAGUGGAACCGAGCUCCGCAAGCGCCUACGAACUGGUGCCCAUAUCCCCGAAUGGUUCUCCUACCCAGAGGUCGUCAAGGUCCUCCGCGAGUCCAACCCACCCCGCUCCAAGCAAGGUUUCACUGUGUUCCUCACUGGUUACCAGAACAGCGGCAAGUCCGCCGUUGCUCGUGCCCUUCAGGUCACUCUUAAUCAGCAGGGUGGUCGCUCUGUCUCUCUCCUUCUCGGCGACACUGUGAGACACGAACUUUCCGCUGAAUUGGGCUUCUCUCGCGAGGAUCGUCACAAGAACAUCCAACGUAUUGCCUUCGUUGCUGCAGAGCUUACCAAGUCUGGUGCUGCCGUUAUCGCUGCUCCCAUUGCUCCUCACGAGGAGAGCAGAAAGCAAGCACGUGACACCAUUUCCGCUGUUGGAACUUUCAUCCUCGUCCACGUCGCAACCCCACUUGAAUACUGCGAGAAGACCGACAAGCGAGGCGUCUAUGCUCGUGCCCGACGAGGUGAAAUCAAGGGCUUCACUGGUGUCGAUGACACUUAUGAGACUCCUGAGAAGCCCGACCUCGUCGUCGACCUCGAGAAGCAGACUGUCCGCAGCGCCGUCCACGAGAUCGUCCUUAUGCUCGAAAGCCAGAGCUUCUUGGACAAAUUUUAG